AUGGGAAUGCAAGGCCCUCUGACCGCCCAAGCGCUUGGGCGGUCACCUUAUGAUGAUGUUGUAGAAUGGGAAGACGAUCAUGACGACCAACAGAAUGGGGACGGUUCUACUCAGCAGUUUGAUCACAGGGGUCGUCCCAUAAACCCUGAGACAAAGAAAAUUAAUAGAGACAUCAUAAGAUCGCAUAACGAAGUCAUGCUAGUUAUUGGAGUUGCUGAGCAAGAAAAUCCGACCUCAAGUCCAGAAGCCGAAUCUGACAAGAGGCAUGCUUUGUACGAGGACGAUGUCGGCCGCAACCUUGCCUUUUCCGCUUUUCGCUGCGUGGACGCCGCUGGUGCCUUUGGCUUGGACGGGUUUCGUCAACGUAUACUUAUUUACAAGCGUUAUUCCCACAUCCCAUUCUGGGACUUGUAUGCAAAAUCCCAGAAUCCCUUUUCCGUUACCAAAUACAUCUUACCUGGUGCUUCACUCAAUCUCUUAAGUCAUUACGCUGAUCGGCAAGUGGCCUCGUUGUGGCGGGAUCGACCAGACAGACAGUUUAGUCGUCGACUAGUCCAUGAAGUAUGGUCGUACGUGCGAGUCCAUCUGGAGCUAUUUGUUGCUUUGCAACGGCUCGGUCUGGUUUCGAGUACCAGUUGGCUUCCAAGCCUUUCUUUCUUCGUCCCCUUCACUCAAGACUCACCAAUCCCAGCUCCCCCGCCGCUUGGUGGGCUUUCUUUCCAGUCAAUACUUCAAUGGGCAGGGGGAUUUUUCAUAUCAUCAACACCUUUCCUUAUUUGGGUAAUCACGCAAAGAUUGAUUCGCGACUGGUGGCCGCAAAUAAUGGGAAGAAUAUACAGGCGGCUACCAAAUACUGGCUCACCUCUAGGGAUGACAAGUACUUGGACCUCGGCCGACAGACCCCGUGAAAGGCCAGAGCAUCGACGCAAUCGUAGCACCGUCGAAGAUGUGUCGCCUAUUAGGCCCAUAGACGGUCAAAUACCUAGCGAUACUGGUCCAGUGGAAGCUGUUCGACGACCGAGCACUUUCUCUGUUAGAGGAGACGACUACGCCAGCGACGAAGAGGACAACGAGGCAGUCAGUGCCACUCUGAUCAGCUUUGAUGUUGAAGCUACGGCCGAAACAAGUGAGGCACCUCCUGGGCUCUGGAGUGCGGAACUGAGACCAAGUGUUGACGCAAGAGGAGCGGUCAUGCCUACGACCACUUAUUGUGAUACUAUGCUGACGCAGAUCCCUCCUCUGAUCGCUUCGCAUGUUUUUGCUGACGCAGUUCUGAGACUGGCAAUUGCGCCGUGGGAGGCAACAGCACUUCGCUUGGUAGCAGGCACUUUCCGUCAACGUUUUGGUCUUCCAACUAAUGACAUCUGUGGAAUUAAUCUCUUGGGAGAGUCGAAUCUUGUGUUCGCUAUCAACUUUCUUGGUAGUCAAGUGUUGCAUCUGGCUGUAUGCGGCGAAAUUUGGGCUACUUUCACAGCUAUCGCCACUAUUUUCCAUACGACCCCUGAGGAAUGGCGCGAGGCUGAGGAAGAGGAGCAAGAAAACCGACAGGACUGGCCCGACGAGAGGGUUUGA